UUCUUGCUGUUGUAGCAAAGAUGGCGGCGUUCGUGAGAGGCAUGUUUUGGCAUAAUCUUGUAGCGGAACGAAGUAAUAUUCUGAAAAAACGUAACGACUGCAUCGUAGAUUCAAAGAGAUACGUGCGAGCAUUGAAAAGGAGGCCUGUGAAGGUGUUGUAUCCUGAUAGUGAGACGACCUCUCCAACAUCGAAACACAGGUCAGAUCAAAUAGUCAACAAGCAGUCUCAAAAAGUUGCGUCCAAAAUGAGGGAGUCCACUGUCAACGCCAUUUUAAAAAACGAGACCACUAAUAAACGUGUUAGCAGCAUAUCAUGGAGUGCCAGAAAUGGCAAUGCACCCACAACGUCGGAACAUACAACCAAUCUGAAGGACCAACUCGGUGGCCUCAAAUUCGAAAGGGCCUUACCUGGUGACAAAAGAUUGGCGAGGGUCGUGAGUGUGGCUUGCUCCAGGACGUUUCGGGAGCACCAGGGUAAGAUCCUGUUGGAGGGGAGACGCCUGAUCUGCGAUGCCCUGGCUGCUGGAGCCAACCCUCAGAUGGUGUUCUUCAGUUCUGUGGACAGACUGUGUGAUCUCCCCUUGGAUAAACUGAAGAGGGCCACUCUGGUCAAAGUCAAGUUUGAGGACAUCAAGAUCUGGUCUGACCUUGUAGCUCCACAAGGAGUGAUCGCCAUAUUUUCUCGGCCAGACCCAUCCCGGCUGACAUUCCCUCAGGACCAGCGUGGUCAGUCUGUGCCGCUGUCCCUGAUCUGCGACAACGUGCGGGACCCUGGGAACCUGGGCACCAUCCUGCGCUGUGCUGUUGCUGCAGGCUGCCACAAUGUCCUGCUCACCAAGGGUUGUGUGGACGCUUGGGAACCUAAGGUGCUGCGAGCAGCGAUGGGUGCCCAUUUCCGCCUUCCCAUCUUCCCCAGCUUGGACUGGGACGACAUUCAAAACCAGCUGCCAAAGUUGGUGACUGUCCACGUGGCAGACAACUGCAGUGGCUCUGAGAGAGAAGUAGCUGAGGAAGCAAACCAGUCCAACAAACCUUCAAAGAUGGGGGAAUAUGGAUGGGUGAGUAGCAGGCCUAAUUCUAAAGGCAUGCGCUAUAAGGAAUAUGAAUCAGAUUUCGACUAUAAGGAAUAUGAAUCAGAUUUAGACUCCGAACUGUCACUUCCAAGAGUGGAGACCAAGUUGUACCAUGAGGGCUGGGCUCAGGGGAACACUGGUCUUGUGAUAGGUGGAGAGACUCAUGGACUGAGUCUAGAGGCUGUCCAAUUAGCUGAGAAAACUGCCGGUCAAAGACUGUUUAUCCCUGCGGUCCCUGGAGUGGACAGUCUCAACUCCGCCAUGGCAGCCAGCAUUCUCCUAUUUGAAGGCAGAAGGCAACUGUUGAACCUAAUGGAGACGUCUGGGAGGAAAGCUAAGUCUAAGGUGCAAUUUCCAUGAUCCAUCCAUUGGAAUCCAUUUGGAGUGUAAUGGACAUGGUAUUCCUGGUGUUGGUCACUUUUUCCAUGCAUACAUUCUUGGCUGCACCUCAUCAUGUCAGACUGAAUCAUAUGGAUGAAUUUAAUUUACAUAUUCAACUCUCAGCUAAUAAGUGAAGUAAAAUGAGUGACAUUUCACAUUGUGGAAAAUCUGUGUUCUUUCCUGUCUGCAUAUUUCCUCUAUUGUCUUCCAACAUUCCUGCCAGUGUGGCUUUAGAAGCUUCACUUAGUCUCCACACGCAGUUGGCCUCUAGAUUUCCUGUCAGUUGACUGUAAACUGCUGCCAUGAAAGAUGACUGCUUAAUCUCUAUACUGGACAUGUGCUAAGUGUGUCUGUUUAGCAAGGGAAAUAAUCUGUCCAUCUAACAGGCCCGAAAGCAAUUAUCAUAGUAACCACAAGGUGGCACCUGAAGCAACUUCUGAGACCUUUUACUGUAUGUUAUGAAGUUGUACGGUUAAAAAAAACAGUACUGCAUGUGAAAGGUGUGAAAUACUUAUGUUUACAGUAUAAGAAAACUAUGGGUUGUGUACAAAUGCCUGACAUCAAAGAACACACUUGAUUUUGAUUUUUAAAAUUAGAAAUAUAAAUGGAAACUACAUUUCUGGAGUCAUUAUAUAUAAAUAAUGCACACAUGUAGAAGUGAUACCAAGCUAAUACUGUCUAAAAUACAUUUGCUCCCAAUGGAAUAAAACUGGCCUCAUGGAUAGUGGAAGUUGACAACAUAAGACAAUUGUGCUUAACAGUGAAUUUUAAUGGCUGUGAAGUCAUGACUAGAGACAACCAGGGAGUGACAAAUGUAAAUUCAUACUUCCAACACUUAGUUGCUAAGGUGGAUUUUAAUGCCAUUUUUGUGCCUUCAAAAAUAUCUGGCCUUUUCAAUAGAUGGGAUCUUCACAGAAAAUCCUCUUAAAUGUCAUGGUGGUUGAGAUGGAAACUUAACAAUUGGGUAGAGCUGACUAUCACUCACUUCAUUGUAGAACAAGACAAUUGAAUAGUAUUUGAAAUCCCAUGACACACAGCCAGAUGCAAUACAAAACAACCUUUUAAACCAGGGAAAUCUUAACAUUUCUGCAGCACCUUUAAAACAGAACAAUAAGACAGUUACAUUAAACUGAAGUUCAGGACAUUUUCUGCACUGCAUGUGUAAAUUACAACUAUAGAACUUAGAAAAUUUGUUGCAAUCAUUUUAUUCUUUCUCAGCACAUUUUGGAAAACAAAAGCAAUGUGGGUUCAGCAAAGGUAAUAAAGAGACAUUGUGACAUGUCAAGUCCAUUGGGUCAA